UCACAAAACAAAGCUAAAUCAAAAAGAGGUAAAUUGAUCUGUCGAGAAGCUGGUGGAAUACCCCUUACAAGAAACACCCAGAGUGUUAAUUUUUCAGAUCAUAAUCUGAAAACAAGAGAGAAUUUCAUACUAAUCCAAAAAAUUGAAGAGAAAUUAAACAUGGCUCAAAAUCCUCAAUUGUUUCCUAAUGGUAUGCCUGUCCCUUUUUAUGCCGAAUUGUUCGUCUUGGCUAGAGAUGGUGUUGAAUUUGAGAUCGAUAAAAUCCCUGGGAGCGGAAAAGUGAAAGCUAAGGGGACUAUCUACUUGUCAAAUGUGCGCAUGGUAUUUGUUGCAAGCAAGCCAGUUGGGAAUUUUUAUGCAUUUGAUAUGCCUCUGUUGCAUGUUCAUAGUGAGAAAUUCAACCAACCAAUAUUUCAUUGCAACAACAUUUCCGGACAUGUGGAACCAGUUAUACCUGAAAAUGAGAACAGGGCUUUAUACUCAACCCACUCAUUCAAGAUUUUGUUCAAGGAGGGCGGCUGUGGUACCUUUGUCCCAUUGUUCUUUAACUUGAUCAAUUCCGUAAGGCGCUACAAUCAGCACGUUGCACCUGCCCCUGAGCCUCGUAUUGAUCCUCUACGUGCAGCACAAACUCCUGUGGAUGAAAUGAUGAGACAUGCGUAUGUUGAUCCAAAUGAUCCUACAAAGAUCUUUCUGCAGCAACCUACACCGGAGUCAAAUCUGAGACGGCGUACCUACCAUUCUCAAGGGGACACCACCAUGUAGUACUAACUUGUUUCUUUUGUGGAAGGUCUACCAAGUAAAGAGAAUAACAGUAUGCUUUCAGUUCAUAUUCGUGAUGACUAAGGUGCUCUCAUGGAUUGUUAAUACCUCUUGUAUUUUCAUCAUUUUAUGGAGUUCAGGACCUUGUAUUAUACUAACAUCGUUGGCUUUAUAAUGAUAAAUGUAUUGUAUAUUACUGCAGUAAGAUUUAUGAGUUUUCGGGUUUUAUAUAUAUAUUGAUUAUAUUCUGAAGGUUGCAGUCA